GGGAUUUCAAGGACUUAACUGGGAGCAACAAGUGCCUACACUACAUGUUGUUAGUGUCAUUAGUCGACUUAUGGACUAUGUAGACACCAUGUGCGUUGCAGGAACCUGAAGAGCGCCGAAGAUGCAAGUUUGCUCUGCUUCUGUGGAAACACUGUAUUGAACAUCACAGAAGUUAUCCUUAAAGGAUACGGCCCCUAUGCUUCACAUAAAUCUGCCCCAUCGCACGUGACGCAGAACCUAAAGCGCUCGGUUCAACAGCUGCUUUGCUUAGUCCCACUUUGUCACAUUCCAAGUUUUUCGAGGAGGAGAAAAAGUGUUUACAAAGGAUCGGAUGCAUUUGUCAAUGGAGGCCCUUGGAAUAGUGGACGAUAGUUGCCUGGACAACUAUGAAAUUUCAAAAAAUGCCGGGUCGAGCAGUGGAGGCAGGGUCCACAGUAUCGAUGUCAUACUGGGAUUCACUAAAGACCAGGACCCUUUACUCCAUUCGGUAGGAGAUGGUGACGAACAAAAAGCCAACGGAGAAGACCUUCAUCACUCUGAGAAGCAGGUCCAGCUCGACCCGUACGGGCACCUUCCAGAACUGGGCGACAGCUCCCAGCAUUCCUCCUACCAUGCAUCUGACCUUUUCUCAGGUGACAAGUGUGAUGGAGAAAUGAGCGACCUGCAGAAGAGCGUGGACGAUGGCGAGGGAUCUCCGGAGACUCUAAAAGAGGAGGAGCACACUAAGAAGAAACACAGAAGAAAUCGCACCACCUUCACCACCUAUCAGCUUCAUGAGCUGGAGCGAGCCUUCGAGAAGUCCCACUACCCGGACGUCUACAGCCGCGAGGAGCUGGCGAUGAAGGUCAACCUGCCCGAGGUCCGAGUUCAGGUGUGGUUCCAGAACCGAAGGGCCAAGUGGCGACGUCAAGAAAAGAUGGACACGAGCACCAUGAAGCUUCACGACUCCCCCAUGCUCUCCUUCAGUCGCCCCUCCAUGCCUCCCAACGUUGGUCCCGUGGGCAACGCCAUGCCCCUGGAUCCCUGGCUGACCUCGCCCAUGUCCAGUGCCACUCCCAUGCAUAGCAUCCCAGGGUUUAUGGGUUCACCGCAGGGCUUGCAGCCCGCCUAUCAGAGCCAUGGCUUUCUCAACAACCCGUCUGGCAUGGUCCAAGGUAUGCAGCCCAUGGGCCCACCUGCUUACCAGUGCCCUCCCAGCUUCAACGAUAAAUACCCAAUGGAGGAUGACAGGAGUACCAGCAUCGCAGCACUCAGGAUGAAGGCCAAAGAGCACAUUCAGUCGAUGGACAAAACCUGGCAGCACAUGUGAUGUGGCGCGGCACUAUGGAAGGUUUUCUGAGCUGCUCCCGUGAAUGUUUACAAACUGCUUUUAGUUAGCGUUAGUUUCAUGUACCGAUGAAGAGGAUACAGUACAUGACACCAAAGGCGUUUGAGAGGCUGCUAUUUUUUUUUUAAACGAGGCUAACAAGCAACUCUCAAAUUGGAUUUGUGAUUUUUUGGGUUUUAAAAAUUCACUUUAAAAAGUUAUUAAUUUUGACCAAACAAGGUUUUUGGUCUCAAGGAAUAAUGAUCAAAUCUCUGGUGGUCAUUAUUUCGGUUGAGCACGAGAUGUUUGGGAAUAUUCUUUUUUUUUUGGAGUGAGAGGAAAUCUUCAACGUGAAUGUUUUGACACUUUAAAUUAGUGUCCUUGUUAAUUUUGUAUAUUUCUGAACAGUUUCAGACAUUUUACUGAAACAAUGAAAUACAGUAUAGUAUAUGAGAGACUAAGUAGAGCCAUGUGGUCAGUAUUAGCAACAUUUUUCCAUUUAGAGUUAUAACUUACAGAUUUCAAAACAUUUAUAUAAGUUUGCUGUCUUAAUCCAGUGGCGUUCUGACCUUUUUGUUGAAAUAUACUUUAGAAUUUCUGAAGCUAACUCUCAGGUACCUGAGUGUCAGAUCUUCCUGUUUCCCUGAAGUGAUAACAUGAGGUUAACAUUAAUGGCCACUGAACUGCACUUUCAGGGUGUUCGUUGGUAUCUAAUUUUCAAGAAAUAGUUACUGUUGGUAUAAACUUGUUUUUUCCCCAUGUAAAUCUGAUUAGUUGGCUUUUUCACUUUGUCCAUUUAUUUUUUUAUUUUUUACUGUACUUUCGUAUGCAAGAAAGUUUCAUCUCAUUAUUGUAAUUUGGGUUAAAAAGCAAUAUGAUUGCCUUUUUUAAAGCAUCAAAAUGGCCUUUUGGAGAGCAUGGAGUUUGAAUGGGGGAGGUUAUCGGAAGUCAGAGAGCAUAAUCUGGUUCGAGGGCUAAUUUAAACAGACAAGCAUACCUCUUAACACCUAAUUACUGCUUUUAAAGCGAUUAACCCCGGAUUUUCAGCCAUAGACAGCAUGCCCUCAGAUGCCCCUGAAAACCCCUUUUAAUUAACCCCCCCUCAAACUUGCUCGUUUAUUUUAUUUCUAAUUUACAGAUACAACACUACAUACCAGUGUUAUUCUUCUAUGGUCUGGAUCUUCAUCCUUAUUGGUAAAGGAUGCUUCUUAUUACAUUGUUGAUACAAUAGUCACUUGAGUCAAAUGGAUUUAAGUUGAGAAAGUUAAUGGAUGCUGGCAGCCCCUCGUACCUCUUGAAAAUAGCACAGUCUGAUAAAAACUGUUGGACCACAAAUGGGAGGAGAUGACAACGUGUUUCUUUUUUAUGUUUAUGCAUUAAACUGAUGUCGAAGGCUGCUGUGUUAGCAAAACAACCUUUUUCAUGAUUAGGAUUUCUUCUGUGGCUCUAAAUCAAUAAAUCAAAUUACGUUUUGUUCCAUGGACUCGAGGGAAAAGAUCUUGCUGCGCGUCUCCCCCAUCCUUUUAUCAAAAUGUGUCAUGUCGUUAAGUUGAUCAAUACCUGAAUCAAUACGACUCCAUCGAUAACACUGUCCUCAAUUGUCUGUAUAUCGCAGCCUUUAGAAAUGGCAUCAUCCACAGUUGUAUAGGUUUUGCUGUUUGUUUUGUUCUAAUCCCUGUUCACACCAGUGGACGAAAAGGCCAAAGAAAUAAGAAGGAACUUUUCUUUUUACUAGAAGAAACAUUUAUAAAUAUUUGUGGAUGUUUGUUAUUUUUUUCAUCUGUUUUCAGUAUCAUUGUAUACUAAUUUCUAGUUCUUCCAGGUUUUUAAACUGUGAUAUCCUUUUUUCCAUGUGCAAAACAUAGA